AAUUUAGGACCUCAAAAAAAUUUAUGGUUUACGUUGGCAGUCAGAAUGCGUAUACUGGAAAAUGAGAAACGAGAAAAAUGCAACAGGAAAAUAAACCGCACACGCACACGCCCCUCCGAAAAUCUCAAACCUUUUCUUUUUUUUUUUUCAUCCCUUUCUUGUACAAUUCCAAAUUGAAUUCUCUGAAGUUUGAGUUUCCCACGAAUGGUGGCGGUCGGAGCUUCAUUUGUUGUGGGUGCGCCGGUGCUGGACUCGCCGGCUUUGUGUCUGGACUCGCCGCCGAUUACCAGCAUGAGUCUCAGAAGUGGUGGGGAUUUGGUUCUGCGUAGGAAAUCCAAAGCUAAGAAUCGCUUGGCCAUGCCUGGAUCAACGUUGGAUUUGAGAAGUUCGUUCGUUAAUUCCGGUGGCGAGUGGCGGCUCUCCGCCGGUGCCGUUGGCCACCGGAGCCGGAGGAACCAACGCCGGAAUCGGAGGCUUGUUAUUGCCAAUGAAUUUGCAGGGCAGUAUGAGGACAGUUUUGACGAUGUCAAAAUGCAAAUACAGAAUUAUUUCACAUACAAGGCUGUGAGGACAGUUUUGAAUCAGCUUUAUGAGAUGAACCCUACCCAAUACAGAUGGUUUUAUGAUUUUGUUACGAAUCACAAGCCCGGGGAUGGAAAGCGUUUCAUCCGAACCCUCGUAAAGGAGAAGCAGGACUUGGCUGAGAGAGUGAUGAUAACAAGGCUUCAUCUCUAUGGCAAAUGGGUUAAGAAAUGUGAUCAUGCUGAAAUAUACAAAGAGAUCUCUGACGAGAACUUGGACUUGAUGCGAGAACGACUAAUGGAGACCGUGAUAUGGCCAUCGGAGGACAAGAGCUUUUAAAAGAUUGGCUGACUAGGAGCUAAGCAGAUUGUUUUUUUCUCAUUCAUUUUCCUCUAGUGUCAACCAAUCUGGUUAUAUCCUUACUUUGUCAUUCUCAUUCAUAUUAUUUUCCAUCAACUAAUAAAUAUUCUUACAUCCACUAUACAACGAUUGUCAAUGUAAAUACUUUCAACAUCUUAUACAUGUUAGAAGUAUCAAUCUUAUUGAAUAUGUUGCUAUAAAGAGUAGGCAUUUUGGAGAUUGGGGCACCUGCAUCCUAACUGUUGUGUCAACAACCUUCCAUCUGAAAGACAGUCAUUUCUCAUUUUUAAAGCAAAAUUAUGCAGGCA